AAAAAUAAUCCUGCGUAAAUAAUCUGCGUCUAAAUUUUUUAAGUAUAGCCAAACGAUACCUAUUUUCUCAGAGGGCCAUGCUUUUCUCGCACAGAAUUAUUUCCUCACAUUUACACCGUUUUGUUCUUCUCUGGAGUACAAUCGGUUUCCUUCUUCACCGACUGAAUAAAAUAAAAUAUGCGAAGUUCCUCCCUAUAAAGGCUAAUAAUUUGCUAUAUUUCGAGUGAGAUGAUGAAAUUGGCAUAAGAUCAAAAUUGGUUAGUCUGAAUCUACGAGGAUAGAAUGCAGUAAAUUGCAUUUUAUUUCUAUGGUUUUGUUGCCGUAAGUUGCUUUUUUCCAGUGGCAUAAAUAUGUUUUCUUGAUGGUAUUAGGGUUUGAGAAAGAUCGUUGUUUUUUACCGGCGCAGAAAAAUAAAGAUUAAAAAUAUCAAUGGAAUUGGGACUUAUGAUGAUUACUUACUUAAAUUUUUGGCUACGGAGUUUCACUUGGGUUUGAUUUUGAGGUUGUUUCAUGACCAACAAUGGACAGAAAGUCAUCAGCUAGUAGGAAUCUGAAGCCGGGGAAAUCCCGUGGUUUUCUAGACCUACAAGCACCAAUGCAGGUCAAUGAACAACAAAACCGAUGUCAAGGGUUUAUGGUGUCUUCAAGUGCACAGGUUCAAGAUGUUUUACCCAUUCCAAAUAGGAAUAUGCGAAGAUUCGAUGCACCAAUGUCAUUAGUUGAUUGCCAUGGCAAGCCUGAGGUGACAAAUAAUUCUUGUGACGAGGACAAUUCUUACUCGGUGGGACAACAUGCCGUUGAGCACAAUGAUGGUGUGAGAGAGAAAAAAGAGUUGCCUUGGCAGCGCGUGAAAUGGACUGAUCAAAUGGUGAAGCUCUUGAUUACUGCUAUUUCUUAUAUUGGAGAAGAUCCUGCCUCUGAUGCAGUUGAUGCUGGUGGAAGAAGGCUUUCGCCUAUUUUACCAAAGAAAGGGAAGUGGAAAGCUAUCUCCAAGGUCAUGGCCGAGAAAGGCUAUCAGGUAUCUCCUCAACAGUGUGAGGAUAAGUUCAACGAUCUGAACAAAAGGUAUAAGAAACUCAACGAUAUACUUGGGAGAGGCACCUCUUGCAAGGUUGUUGAAAACUCUAUGCUCUUGGAUUCGAUGGAUUUGUCUGAAAAAGCUAAGAAUGCUGUUAAGAAGAUAUUGGGCUCAAAGCAGUUGUUUUACCAAGAAAUGUGCUCAUAUCACAACAGGAAUCGGAUGUACAUUCCUCAUGAUCAGGCUAUUCAAAGAUCGUUACAUUUGGCUCUUAGAAGUAGCGACAAUCAAGAAUCUCAUGAGACCAGGGCCUACGUCACGGACAGCACUGACAAGGAGGAAGAAAAUGAGGCAAGUGAUGGUGUAAAUGAGGACAUCCGAGAAAAACAUGCUUUGAGUAAGGAUCUCACAUUAAGGGUGCCUGCAAAGAGGAAGAAACCAGGGGGCGAACAUGAAGACAUGGACUCUAGUUACAUUAUGAACUGUCACACUACUGUGAAAAGAUCUGGUCCUCAUUAUCAACCAAGUGUGGACCCAUUAUCUGGUGAGGGAAGUGAUGGAGAAUCGCUGCAUAAUCAAUGGUUCAUGUCUCGCACACUUCAGUUAGAAGAGCAGAAAUUACAGAUUCAAGCGGAAAUGCUGGAGUUGGAGAAACAACGUAUCAGGUGGCUGACGUCUAGUGAGGUUGAAGACGGGGAGUUGGAGAAGAUGAGAUUGGAAAAUGAGUAUUUAAAGCUUGAGAAUGAGCGAUUGGCAUUCGAAAUCAAAUGCCGAGAAAUGGGUGCCAAUUGAAGUUAGUAUGUAUCAGCAUGUUAUUUCAUUUUCCGGCCUGGUCCAUACUGUCCAACUCAGUAUAGUUGUUUUCCAUUUUAUUUAUCCUUUAACCUCCUUCUCCACCUGAAUGAAUGAAACUGCUGCAUCAUCAGAAAAAUAUUGCAAACCUUGAUGAAUAAAAUCUGUGUUGUCCUCUUGUGA